AAGAGUAUUUGGACACCGCAAUGUGCCGUCCAAAUUACACAAUAUCAACCAGCAAUUUGUAUCAUAACAUGGUGACUACUAAUGAAGAAGGAAGUAAAGUAGAGCACGAAUCUGGUUAUGACAGGCAAAGGGAGCUUAAGCUUCUUGAUGACUCCAAAGCAGGUGUGAAGGGCCUUGUUGAUGGCGGUUUGUCUAAGCUUCCAAGGAUCUUCAUUCAUGAAAAUCUUAACACAUCUUCCUCUGCUACCAAUGACAAUGUUACUAUUCCAGUCAUUAACUUGGGAUCAAUGCAUGAGCAAGUUAGCUCACGGCUUGAGAUUAUUGAGAAGGUGAAAGAUGCUUGUGAGAAGUGGGGGUUCUUUCAAGUAGUCAACCAUGACAUUCCACAAUGUGUUUUGGAUGAAAUGCUUGAUGGGGUGCGCAGAUUUCAUGAGCAGGAUCCUGAGGUGAAGAGAGAAUUCUAUUCACGUGAUAUUUCGAGAAUGGUGUAUUACAACACCAACAUGGAUUUGUACACAAGUCCUGCGGUUAAUUGGAGGGAUACACUCUCUUGUGUAUUGGCUCCAAGGCCUCUUCAUCCUCUCCAACUCCCUUCAAUCUGCAGAGAUAUAAUAAUUAAGUACGCAGGGUAUGUUAAGAAAUUGGGAUUAGUUCUAUUUGAAUUGCUUUCUGAAGCAUUAAGCCUUAAUCCCAAUUACCUCAAAGACAGAGAUUGUGCAGAAGGGCUUUACAUGCUUAAUCAUUAUUACCCUCCUUGUCCUGAGCCUGAACUCACUCUGGGAACAAGUGGGCAUUAUGAUUCCAGCUUCCUCACUGUUCUACUACAAGACCAAGUUGGUGGACUUCAAGUCUUGUAUGAAAGCCAAUGGAUUGACAUCACUCCCAUUCCUGGUGCUCUCAUUAUUAACCUUGGUGAUUUGAUGCAGCUGAUCACAAAUAGUAAGUUUGUGAGCUCGAAGCACAGAGUUUUGGCUCAAAAAACAGGCCCGCGAGUUUUGGUUGCAUGCUUUUUUAGACAGCAUUUACAACCUGAGACUUCAAAAGUGUAUGGACCAAUAAGGGAGUUGGUUACAGAGGAGAACCCUGCAAUGUUCAAAGAUAUCACAGUGAAGGAGUUGAUUACACACAGAUAUACCGUUGGGCUAAAUGGUGUCCGUGCACUAGAACACUUCAAGCUAUAAUAAGAAGUGCGAC